AUGUUUUUGUGCAUAUUAGCGCAUGGAAAAGGCUAUAGACAGGUUCAAACAUUGUUUAAUCAUUCGUUGGAAACUAUUGGACACUACUUUAAAAUAGUGCUCCGAGCUGCCUGCGACUUUGCUAUACGUCUCAUCAGACCUGAUCCGAACUACAAUAACGGUGCAGAGCAUCACGUACCGAAUUUGAACCAGCAUCCGUUGUUCGAGAAUUGCAUAGGUGCGAUUGAUGGCAUGUACGUCAAAGCUAUCUUGCCGCGGGAUGAACGAGUAAAUUUCAUCGGACGCAAGGGCAUUCCAACACAAAAUGUUCUUGCAGCAUGUGAUUUCAAUUUGUGUUUCACGUUUGUGCAUGCAAGGUGGACGGGGACCACGCAUGAUUCUCGCAUGUUGGCACGGGCCGUACAUAGUCCCGAAUUUGAUUUUCCGAAGCCUGCCCCCGGAAAAUAUUAUCUUGUCGACUCAGGAUUUGCCCAUAGACCUGGGUACAUGGCUCUAUAUAAGGGUGCCAGACGGAACUUUCGCAAAGCACGUGAGAGAUUUAACUUCAGGCAUUCGUCGUGUAGGAACGUUAUCGAGCGCUCAUUUGGUGUGUGGAAAAUUCGAUGGAAAAUACUUGAUCCUAUGCCGAGUUACAAUUUCAAAGUGCAGAUUGCUGUUGUCAUAGCGACGAUUGGUAUACACAACUUUCUUAGACGGGCAGGAGUUGUGGAUGAAGCGUUCACAAGAGCGGAGACGGAUCCUGAUGCGGCGGAGGUAGAACUCCCGGACAAGCAAGAACAAGCUGUUACCGAAAUUAAUGCUCCAGAAAUGCAACGAAAUGAAUGGGAUCGCUUUCGCGAUUAUUUGGCUCAACGUCAUUAA